AUGGCAACUGCAAAGCCAAAGGCUAAAGGGAAGGGCAAAGUGAAGCCUGAAGAAGACAAAGGGGUGGCAAAGAAUGAGCGAGCUCUGAAGGGAGGCUUCCGGACGGUCAUCCAGGUGGACACAGCACAAAAAGCGGGUAAAACUGAUGCAGAGGCGGAAAACAAGGAUGGCCAAGAAGGCCGACCAAAUCAGGAAAAUCAGCAAGAAGUGGAUUUGCCUGUGACUGACCGACUUCCCUUCAACAUCUUUGUCCUGGCUACAACGUUUCUGAAUAUUUUGAUCAUCGGACUGGAGCAGGAUUUUGACACCGAAGGGAACGGCAUAAUAUGGUUUAUCCUUGAAAGCCUGUUUGUCAUCCUCUUCAUCAUUGAGCUUGGCAUCCGCUGGGGCUCAUUGAAGAGGCGAUCGACCUUUUUUCAGGAUGGCUGGAACAUUUGUGACGUGCUUCUUGUCCUGGCCUCUGGCGUUGACUGCUUCGUCCUAAGCUUGAUUGGAAUUGGUGGUCAGAUCCGCUUCUUCACCGUGAUCCGGGCGUUGCGAGUCAUCAGAUUUGUACGUCUUGUUAGGAUGUUUUCCGCAUUUCGAGAGUUGUGGCUACUGGUGGGUGGUCUAACGAACUCUGUAAAGGCACUUUCGUGGGUUGGGCUCGUUGUUUUCAUGCUCAUCUAUGUAUGUGGCAUAAUAUGCACUGCGGAGAUUGGCCAGAACGAUGAAACCUACGCGAUUGGUCCGUCCUACAAUGGAGAGGUGUGGCCCUACAAACAGUACUUUGGGACUGUCUUUAGGUCCAUGUUUACUCUUUUGCAGGUGCUCACUUUGGAUGGUUGGUGUGACGAUAUUGUUCGGCAUGUGGUCUAUCGACAGCCCGUCAUGGGUGUGUUCUUCAUUUGCUUUAUCCUCUUGACUUCAUUUGGCCUCAUGAAUGUCGUUGUCGGAAUCAUUGUCGAAAACACGUUGGCAGCCGCCCAGGUGGUGGACAAGAGGAAAGAAGAAAAACUUGCGAGACACCGGAAGGAAACAGUUCAGCAGCUAGUUGCCAUCCUGUCGAGGUCUGAUUCAAAGCGAAGUGGGCUGAUUUCACUUGAGGAACUGCGGGCAGCGAAUCAGAGCGUCAUCGUUCAAAAAAAAGUUCGAAUCCAUUGGCUUGCAGUUCGAGGAGGUGGAACACGUGUUCACUUUGCUAGAUGUGGACCGAUCCGGCAAGAUCGAGCUGCUGCGCUUCGAAAAUGCAUGCAGAGAGCUUGUUGGUGGAGGCAAACGACGAGAUAUAGCUCAAGUGGAGGUGAACAUGGGAACUUUGGCCAAUCGCCUUGA